GCUGCUGCUGCUGCUUCGUGGCGUGUUUGGAUUCAUUCGCCCUUAACAGAGUUGGACCGCGGGCAGAAAAGGAAGAGCGCCGCCGCGCUUCUGUCGUCUUUUGGGGCUGAGCGGCGUCGUCCUCCUCCUCCUCAGGAAGUUGGCUGGCUUACACUUGAAUGACUGUUUAUACCACUGGAACCAACAUCAACAGUGAACUUCGAAGUUACGAAGCAGCUGUUCUUGAAUACAUUGAAAGUGAAUCUUUGUUAAAAACUAUAGGUUUCAUGAAGAGAAGUGAGAAGCCAGAAGGAUAUAGACAAAUGAGGCCUAAGACAUUUCCUGCCAGUAAUUAUACUGGCAGCAGUCAGCAAAUGUUAGAAGAAAUACGAAAGAGCCUUAAAAAUUUACCUAAGCCCUCUGAUGCUGCAAAGGUUGAGCAAAAUAUGGGUAAAAUAGCUAUUGAAGAUCCCAGACAAGGUAGAAAUCCUCCUAAAUUUGUUACUUACCAUAAAGCUUUGGAAGAAAUCAGAAAUUCUCUAGAACCCUUUGCAAAUGAAACAAGUGCUUCAGCAAGAGGAACAUCAGAAGUUAAUCGACAAAUGAUGCAAGAUCUACAAGCUGCUGGUUUUGAUGAGGAUAUGGUAAUACAAGCUCUAAGACAAACCAACAGCCGCAGCAUAGAAGCAGCAAUUGAAUUCAUAAGUAAAAUGAGUUAUCAGGAUCCUCGGCGUGAACAAAUGGCGGCAGCAGCAGCUAGACCAGUUAAUGCAAGCACAAAGCCACAAGGAGUACAGCCAUCAGUCAACCGAAGGCAGAGUUGGAAAGGUUCUAAAGAAUCUUUGGUGCCUCAGAGACAUGCUGCUGCACUGGGAGAUGGCCUGCCUUUUCAUUCGGAAAGUCCUUUAUCCCAGGGUGAUGUAGGAAGACCCUUGUCUGGAUCGGGAAUAGCAUCAUUUACUCAGGCUCAUCCUAGUAAUGGACAAAGAGUGAAUCCACCUCCUCCACCACAAGUAAGAAGUGUUACUCCACCACCACCACCUCCCAGAGGAACAACUCCACCUCCCAGAGGAACAACACCACCUCCUCCUUCCUGGGAAACAAAUUCCCAAACAAAACGGUAUUCUGGUAGCAUGGAAUAUAUGAUCUCACGGAUUUCUCCAGUACCACAAGGAGCAUGGCCAGACGGCUAUCCUCCCCCAUCAAUGAAUCCUUCUUCCCAGGGUCAACGAGGCAUUAGUUCUGUUCCUGUUGGUAGGCAACCAAUAAUCAUGCAGAGUUCAGUUAACAGUAAAUAUAAUUUUUCAUCAGGAAGGGCUGCAAUACAAAAUGGCAAUUGUCAGGCUGAGUAUAUUAUUCACCAAAAUAUUGUGACUGGUAACUCAGCAGGUCGUCAGCCGCCACCUCCUUAUCCAAUGUCUCCUACAAGCCAGCAAAGCCCUACACCUUUGCAGAUGCAAGCAGGAGGACCUGCAGCCCCAUCUGCAUAUCCUAAUGGGAAUAUUCCUCAAUCUAUGAUGGUGCCAAACAGAAAUAGUCACAAUAUGGAACUAUACAAUAUUAAUAUGCCUGGAAUUCCAGCAUCCUGGCCCCAGCCACCAUCUGGCAAUGGACAUGAAAUUUCAACAUGGCAAUCCAAUAUUCCAGUGAGGUCAAAUUCCUUCAAUAACCCCCUUGGAAACAGACAAAGUCAUGCUACUAAUUCACAGUCUUCUGCCACCACAGUAACAGCUGUUACUCCUGCACCUAUACAGCAGCCAGUAAAAAGCAUGCGUGUAUUAAAACCUGAGCUGCAAACUGCCUUAGCCCCUACUCAUCCUUCUUGGAUUUCACAACCAAUGCAAGCUGUCCAGCCCAUCUCUUUUUCUGAGGGUCCAUGUACAAAUAUGGCAAUCAUGUCACCUGCAGCAGAGGCUCCAAAUUAUCAAGGUCCACCACCUCCCUAUCCAAAGCACUUAUUACAGUCAAAUGCAUCCGUCACACCAUAUGAAACUGUGGUAAAGCCUGGCAAAGAAGAUCUGCCUAGUUUCCCUAAAGAAGAUGAUACUGAAAAGAAUGAGAAUACUGAGGCAAUAGACAGAGAAAAUAAGCAAAUAACAACCUCACCUGUCCCUGUGAGAAAAAAUAAAAGAGAUGAAGAAAGAAGAGAGUCCCGCAUUCAAAGCUAUUCUCCUCAGGCUUUUAAAUUCUUUAUGGAGCAGCAUGUGGAAAACAUACUUAAAUCUCACCAACAACGGCUACAUCGUAAGAAACAACUAGAAAAUGAAAUGAUGCGGGUUGGGUUAUCCCAAGAGGCCCAGGACCAAAUGAGGAAAAUGCUAUGCCAGAAGGAGUCCAACUAUAUUCGGCUCAAAAGGGCUAAAAUGGAUAAAUCAAUGUUUGUUAAGAUUAAAACUCUUGGAAUUGGAGCAUUUGGUGAAGUCUGCUUGGCAAAAAAAGUGGAUACAAAUGCCCUAUAUGCAACAAAAACUCUACGGAAAAAGGAUGUGUUGCUUCGGAACCAGGUUGCCCAUGUUAAAGCUGAACGUGAUAUCCUUGCAGAGGCUGACAAUGAGUGGGUAGUUCGUUUGUAUUAUUCAUUCCAAGAUAAAGACAAUUUGUACUUUGUGAUGGACUAUAUUCCAGGAGGAGAUAUGAUGAGUCUGUUAAUUCGAAUGGGGGUCUUUCAAGAAAAUAUGGCUCGUUUCUACAUAGCUGAACUGACCUGUGCAGUUGAAAGUGUUCAUAAGAUGGGCUUCAUUCAUAGGGACAUAAAACCUGACAACAUUUUGAUUGAUCGUGAUGGCCACAUUAAACUGACUGACUUUGGGCUUUGUACUGGCUUUCGGUGGACACAUGAUUCCAAAUACUACCAGAGUGGAGACCACCCACGUCAAGACAGUAUGGAUUUCAGUAACGAAUGGGGUGAUCCAGCUAGCUGUAGAUGUGGGGACAGGCUAAAGCCACUUGAACGUAGAGCAGCUCGUCAGCAUCAACGCUGUCUAGCACACUCACUUGUUGGGACACCAAAUUAUAUUGCACCAGAAGUAUUGUUACGAACAGGAUAUACACAGCUAUGUGACUGGUGGAGUGUUGGGGUGAUUCUUUUUGAAAUGUUAGUGGGGCAGCCCCCCUUCCUGGCACAAACACCGUUGGAAACACAGAUGAAGGUUAUCAAUUGGAAAACAUCUUUGCAUAUCCCAGUACAAGCAAAACUAUCUCCAGAAGCAUCUGACAUUAUUAUUAAGCUCUGUCGAGGGCCAGAAGACCGCUUGGGCAAGAAUGGUGCUGAUGAAAUAAAAGCACAUCCAUUUUUUAAAACUAUUGAUUUUUCAAGUGAUUUGCGGCAGCAGCCUGCUUCCUAUAUUCCUACAAUUGCCCAUCCCACAGACACAUCAAAUUUUGACCCAAUUGAUCCAGAUAAAUUAUGGAGUGAGGAUAAAGAAGGAAAUGUAAAUGACACACUUAAUGGGUGGUACAAAAAUGGUAAACAUCCUGAACAUGCUUUUUAUGAAUUCACAUUUCGAAGGUUUUUUGAUGACAAUGGGUACCCAUACAGCUAUCCAAAGCCGAUUGAAUAUGAGUACAGUAAUCCUCAUAGAUUGGAAUCGCAGUCAGAUGAAGAUGACGAGAGGACCAGCAGAGAGGCCCAGAAUCGUGGUCUAGUGUAUAUUUAGUAUAAAAGUUGAAAUGAAACCAUUAUUUGGGAUUUCUUGAUAUAUGCUGCAAGAAUACCUGAGAGAGCUGAUUCUGCACACUUGGGUUGGGAGGAAAGGAAAUAUGAUUAUUGUUGGUCCAAUAUCCUCCCCCUGUAACUUUUCUCCCCCACUCAAGCAAGUCUUUUUUAACAUUAAUUUAUUCCAGCAUUGUUAAUAAUAAGUGUAGAAAAGAGCAAUGCUAGAAAAAAAUAAAUUAUAAAAUUUAAGCUUUUUGUAGGGAAUUAAUUAGGAUAUAGUGAUUUCAUUAGGAAAUGAGAAACUUUUCUCUUUGUAUAUAGACUAUGUACAACAAUUUUACUCCCAUAAUUAUGCAAUGCUAUCUUUUCCUUGCAUUGACCAAAUAUUGUACAUGCCCUGUACUGAAGUAGACCAACAGUUUGGCUUCCUAUAGUACUAAGUCCCCUAUGAAUGAUUCUGGAGAGAAUAAACUGACUGGCUGCCAAGGAUUCCAGUUUUGGAACAAGGAAGCCUAUAACAGCAGUACUCAACACACUGAUUAGGAAUACAGAGAAAAUAUGUGUAGGAUUGUUUUAUUCAUCCGUGUUCCUUCUGACAAUAAACAAUAACAUUUUAGCUAAUUAAUUGUAAUUUUGCCUAACAUUUUAUGAAACAUAAUUGGAUUUGUGGUGCUGUGUAAUAACACAGAAUUCAGGCUGGUUGUGGUGGUGGUAGUGAGAUGAAAUGAUAUUGGCUUAUCACAAAGUGUCAUUAAUGUUAAAUAAACUUUUGUUUUGGUUUUUACAAGUUACUUUUCAUCCUUAGCUUUUGACAGGACACACAUGAAAAUGGAUGGGCUUCUGUAAUGCCCAGUUGCUAAGGUCUUUUAACACUAGCACAGCACUGAGCAAGUCAAAAUGACUGAGUAAGAGUAUCUAUAGUUCCAUUAAUACUGUCCUGGAUCUGAAUCAUUCCAACCAAAGGCCCUCUUAUUUCCAAAUUCAGUAUUUUAGGAUGACUAUACUUCUGCAUGCUUAUCUCUUGAAUGGAGUGCAGAUGUUUCUGUUACAGGAAGUUGUUCUGCUGCAAACCUAUGAUUACUACAAAUAAUUGAGCAAAAUAACCCCAGGAUCAUAGCCUGUGAAAUAAAUGGGAGAAAAAUUACAGAUCUGCUUUCUUCUUAAAUGCAUUUGUCCCUUCUUGAUGAUAUUGAACUUUCUGGUUCUAAUGCUGAAAUGUAUAAGUAGUUAAUUGUGUUACAUUCUCUUUCAAGCCCUGUGCUAGGCUACUUCCUCUUGAAGAAUUACCAGACAAUAUCCUGAGCUCCAUAUGACAGAACUGCUUAAGAAUAUGUAUAUAGCUCUCUGGUUCUGAAAAAUAAUUUGAUAUGUCUUGAAAAAUCUUCCUCUUUGCAGCAAGUUAUUUAUUAUUUAUUAAUUCCUUUUCUAUUUCUAAAAGGGACAGAACAACUCACAAGUAACUUUUGGGUAACCUUCCAUCUAGUAAGCUUUUCAUGGCCAAACCUGCAUAGCUUCAUUAGCAGAACUGAAUCAUUUGCCUCCAGAAUGUUGUCUAAGCUGCUUUUCUUUUCAACAGAUACAAAACAUAAACCGAAUCUUUAAAUGAAAUAAUUAGUGCAGUGUAGGGAUUUGUUAAUAAUUAGUGCAGUGUAUUUGUUGUUGUGUGCCUUCAAGUCAUUUCCAACUUAUGGAGACCUUAAGGUGAACCUAUCACAGGGUUUUCUUGGCAGGGUUUGUUCAGAGUGGGUUUACCUUUGGUUUCCUCUGAGGCUAAGAAAUUGUGGCUUGCCCAAGGCCACCUAGUGGGUUUCCAAGACUGAGUGGAAAUUUGAACCAUGGUCUCCAGAAUCUUAGUCUGACGCUAAAACCACUACACCAUGCUAAUGUAUUGUGGAUGAUAGGCUUUAAAAGGUUCUGACAGAAUAGAGUAAGUCAGAGAAGCCAGAUUUUGUGUAGUGAUAUUAAAGAAGCUUAGUACAGUCCUGUGCAUGUUUGUGCAGGUAUAACUCACUGUUUUCAGUAGAGUUUGCUCUUUAAGUAUGUAUAGGAUUACAGCUUUAUUGUUCCAACACCUCUUCCAUUUAAUGUCCACUUGAGUUUGGUCCCACAUUUUCUAGAAAUGACGGGUAUAGAAAACAGUUAAUUCUGGUUUCCCCCACUUUGGGGGGGAGGUGCUUUCUUUAUGAACAAAGGUAUCUUGUUUAUCACUAUUCUGCAUACAUUCAAGUAGUCUUCUGCAUAUCACAGAACAAGUUCUCUGCGGAGCUAAACUGUAAAUCAGACAUUAGCAUUUCUAACUUGGACACUGCAAACUAGGAUACAAUCUACAGUUACUUUGAGAUUUGUUUUUUAAAAAUAAGUCCUGUUUAAAAGAGGACUAUGGGAGUUCUUUCUUGUGUGAUAUUUAGAUCUUCCAGUUAAACUGGCAAGUUCUUAUUAUAUUUGCAAUAAAGUGUAAUAUAUUAAGAUAAAUUUAAUCUGCUGCUUGCAGGUAAAUAUCUAUAUGAAAUUGUUUGUGACUUUCAAAAUAGACUUUUCACCAUUUAAACCGAUCGAGUCCAGUCCAGAAUUAGUUAAAUAGCUAUCCUGUUGAAAUUAAUGUUUUAAGUGCACCUGUUAGCAUUUGAGACCCAUUAAUUUUCUUUGGAACUUGCCCAUAACUAUUUCCAGCCAAGGAAUGAUGAUUAAACAUUUACAAAUGUAUACCCCCAUUAGUUCAAUUAAGCCUACUUACAUUUAUAUAUGCAAAGAAAUUAUGCAUAUGAUAUGAUGUAAAUUUUCUAAAUUUAAAAAAUAAAACUACUUCAUUUAAAACCUAUUGUUUUGAAAAGAAAUCAGAUGAAUGUUGUAUUAUGGUGGAGGAGGAUGCUAAAUUAGGUUAACAAAUACUAGCAAUCCUGAUAAAUGUGUAAUGUGUCUUAAAGAUGUGAUGGAGGUUUGUUUUGUUAACAGCCUUGGUGAACUACCCCUUUUUAACUUUUCAGAAAGUAUUUAAACUUUUGUUAUCAACAGCUGACAUCAUAAGAUGGUAAGUUUUGUGUCCUAUACAAGUUUGCAGUACUGGGCCUCCCAUGGUUGCCCCCUGAAUUUGUAAAAAAUAAUUGUUCCCAAAUCUAAAAUUUUGUAUGCUAGAAAGGAGAAGACAUACUCCACAAUCAUUUGUGUUGCUGCAGGUGUCUAAAUCUGAGGCAGGACUCUGGCUCAUCUUGUUCAUGUGUAAAAUGUUUGACACUUUGUUUCUAAAUACUCUCUACUACCGAAGCAGGGUAUGUUGUCUGCGCAAUCCACAUUUUUCAAGUUUCAGUCCUGUGUUAUUUUCAGUUUUGCAAUAUAUCAGAAUAGUUUUACUUUUGGAGUAGGACUGAACAAAGUGUAAAAAUACAAAAUCACUCCAUAUUUGGUUUCCAAAUAAACCAUUUUCAUUUAAACCUUUAAAAUAGCAUUGCUUCGCUUUUUCACAUAGAAACAUAUGCACUGUAUUUAUAAAAUCUGUUCUAAUUGUGUAACUGUAUUGUAAAUAUUGUUGUACUGUUCUCUUACUUUCUAUCCUAGGGCAGGCCCUCUUGCUGGAUCUUUUCUACCGUAUUUGUAACAACCUCUAGAAUGUAUUACUAAACUUCAUUUUUUGAGAAAAUAUUCACUGUUUCAAUGUGCAAAAUUGUAAUGGAGAAUGAGUUGUUUGGACUUAAUACUAUACAUCUGCUAUUGAAUGCAGUGUGAAUGGGUGAAUAGAUGCUGCUCCUGUUACCCAAGGUACCGAUAAAAUUUUGGUGGCAAAUAUUUCUAAUAUUUGAAUCAAGACAUUGUCUGCUUCAAUGCAACCAAAGUGAAGUGAUGGUAUGUUUGGGUCAACAUCUGUUAGAAAAACUUUGAGCGCCUUAAAAUACUUUCCUGUGAAAGGCACUACUCAAGUUUACUUUUAUAUUACAUUUUGUAUAUAUGACUUUUAUACUGUAAACAUUCUGCUGAUAAAUGUUACACUUUUAUAAAAAGGAGCUUGAGAUAGGUGCCUUGGCAGAACACCUUUGCCUGUUUUUGCAUGUAAUAGCUAUUUGAUAAUCUGUUAAAUUCCUUAAAUGUUGUAUGGAUCUUCUUUCCACUUUAAAUCAGUUUUCUCUAGUGUACUGUUUGCUGGAAUAAUAAAAUUUAAAUUCAGUGAAUAAGCUGCUAAUCAAAUAUAAUUUUAUAUUGACUGAAAGUA